AAGAGAGACUGAUAACUUCCCUGGUAGAGCAGAGAAAAGGUACAGGGGUGGGGCAGGGUCUCCUCGGGGCGCCCGUCGCGGGAUGGGCAGAGCCCAGGCUACCCCGCCUCGUAUCUGCGGUGGCUUUCGGCGCCCCCCAUACGCUGCCCGACGCCCUCCCAGCCAGGCUGCCACGGGGAGGGGUGAAAGGAAGGGGCCUCCCGGGAGAGGGGGAAGAAAGGAAAGCGAAACCCGCCGGCCCAGACUUUCGCUUUCGCCACCUCCGUGCAUUGCCCAAGGGGCCCCGCGCCCCCCAGAAGCUCUCGGAUCCAAACGUCGCCCGCCCGGGACCUGGCACCCCGCGCACCGCGCGACCCCUGGCGGAGGGAGGAAGCGAAGGGGGCAUCGCAUGGGGGGCGCUGAGGGUCCCUUGCGCCUCCGCGACUGGCUGGUGGCGGCAGAUCGAGAGGUGGGCGCUACGCGGGGGCUGCGCUGGGAGGACGCGGGCAAGACCCUCUUCCGCAUCCCCUGGAAGCACGCUGCCAAGCAGGACUACCAGGCACAGCAGGACGCGGCGCUCUUCAGGGCCUGGGCCGUGUACAAGGGCAGGCACCUGGAGGGCACUGACAAGGAGGACCCCUCCACCUGGAAGACACGGCUCCGCUGUGCCCUCAACAAGAGUGCCGACUUCUGUGAGGUGCGUGAGCGCAGCCAGCUGGACAUCUCCAACCCCUACAAGGUCUACCGGAUUGUGUCCGAGGACGCCCGUGGCCCAGUGACCAAGGCGUGUGCUCUCCCUGAAGAGGAGUGCAGUCCCCCGAGCCAGCAGGAGCGCCCUGGGGAAGUGGCAGAGCUGAGCUGCAGGACAGACCAGGAUGGCUCUGGAUUAGCCGCAGAGGAUGAGGACAAGGAGCCAACGCCCAGGCUGGCCCAGCAGGCCUCCCCGCCAGCCACUCUGCUCCCAGGCCCUUUGGCUGACCACAGAUACCCUGCACGGGACCCCUCCCACUUCUGGAGCCCCGCCCCCUCCGAGAGUUUCGGCAACCCGGAUUGCUGGCUGCACGUGCGUCUGUUCUACGGCGCCGCGCUGGUGUACGAGGCCACCGUUCGCACGGCCGAGGGCUGCUGUCUGAGUCCGCGGGCCGCGGCUGCCGCCGCCACCGAGCGCCUCCUGGGGUCGCCACCGCGCGUCGCGCAGGUUCGCUUCCCCGAGCCGCUGCGGGGCGCCCGCGCGCUGCAGAGCCUGCUGCCGCACCUGGAGCGCGGCGUGCUGCUGUGGGUGGCGCCCGAGGGCGUCUUCGCCAAGCGCCUGUGCCAGGGCCGUGUGUAUUGGCGCGGCCCGCUCGCCCCGCACCGCGCGCAGCCCAACAAGCUGGAGCGCGAGCGCACCUGCCAGCUGCUCGACACGCACCGCUUCCUCGCGGCCCUCUCAGUCUCGGUGCCCGCAGAACUGCGUGCCCACCUGCGGGAGGGCCACCCAGAGCCCGAGUACCAGAUCCACCUGUGCUUUGGUGAGGAAUACCCGGGGCCCCCGGGCCAGCCCGAGGAGCGUCUCGUCAUGGCCCACGUGGAGCCGGUCUUCGCCCGCGAGCUCCUCCUGCACUCGAAGCGCCUCUGCCGCCGCGCCCUGGCCGUUACCCAGCCCCGCACCAAGCCCGGCAUCCCCGAUGGCGUCACCCACCUGCUGAUGCAGCCGAAUCAGCCCUGAGCGGAUCGCUUACUCCUCUUGUGCCCCCUAAAACCAGCUCCCCACUGGGCACGGCACCCGCACCCCCUGUCCAGCCCUGUCCACGCUGAGCCAGUGGCUCCGGAUCCACGGGCUCAGUGGGUCGCUGGGACAGAAAAAGCGGGUCGCAGCCUUCAACCUUUCAGCCGCGAUAAGGAGUCCCGGAAGCCCCGUUGGGGCGCCAACCUGGCAGCUGGGCUUGGGGCUUCCCAUGGAAACCGGACUCACCUUGAGGCCCUGGGAAAGGCAGCAGCUAGGACAGAAAUGAAGACUUCAUCUCUUGAUCAGAGCCCAGCAAGCCCAUAGUGCUUUACUUAGAGCCAGCUUUACCUGCACUGAGUCCAUUAUAAGGUUUGCUUAAAGUAGAUCUUCAGGGUUGCUUCUAGUGGGGCCAACCAAUAACCAAACUAGCUGCCCUCUGAGGGGCUCUAAGAUUCCAGACCCUUCUACUCAGCUGCCACUAGUGUCUCUAAAUCAGAAGUCCUGACCUGAACCCUGGGCUUUAAACUCUAACCACUGACCCACCAGCACCAGUAGGACACUGUCUUCAGGUGAAACUGAGGCAGCGGCCAGACACAGCCCUAAGGUAGAGGCCAAAAUGGGAGCUAGGAGUACAUCCCCUCCCCAGGCCCUACUAAUCUAUGCAAACUGUUAAGUUGUAGGGAAUCCUUGAGAAUUGGGAGGGGCACCUAAAACCAUGAAGUCAGUUGCCCCUGAUUUGUUGGAAAAGUAACUGAUCUCCACCCCAAGUAGCAAACUUUUUUUUUCCUUUUCAGAUUUGUGAGUUUAUUUGUAAGAAUCCUCUUACAGAUGUCAAUGUAAUAAAUCACAUUUAGUGAUGCA